AUGUGCACUGUCAAGCACUGUCGUACCAGGGGGUGCAGGCGCUGGGAAUCGGAUCCGUCUCUGGUUUUCAUCGUUCUCCAUUUGUCGCCCGGUAAGUUUACCCCAGCGAUCGCCGUUUCGCGCCGUUUGGCCGACCGAGUGCUGAGUCACUGACCGACGCCGCGACUUGUGGCGGUUAGUCGUUAGUCAGCCACUACUUGCUUGCCGCUUCUCGCUUCUCGCCUCUCGCUUCCACGUCCCACCCCCAAGCAAUAUAAACUCAACAACGUCCAAGACUCGUCAAAAAGUCAUCAGCAACGAUGUGGCCCUUCACGAGUUCGUCAGCGUCCGCUUCGCCGUCGACUUUGGCGGUCGAUUCGCCAUCUUCGCCGGGUGUGGCACCAUCCGCAUCGCCGAGGGUCUUGACCCACAGUGAAGCCGCGAACCCGGCUGUGAACGCUCUGAAUCCCGAGGGCCUGAAACCGUACGCAUUUAUCGAAGCAUUUCUCUUCAUCCGGUGCGUCUAUCUCACUCAUCCUGGCGAUCCGUGAUGCCGACGAGAGCAGGUGUUGCGCUUGCCCUGAAACGAAGAAAGCGAGGGACGAUUGCUUCCUCCGCUUUGGGAGUAAUGUCGAUGAAGCGGGUUCGAGUGCGCAGGAAUGUGAGAAGAUCGUCGAGGCGCAUCGGAGGUGUAUGAGGUCGUUGGGGUUCAAUGUAUGA